AUGGAGUUUAGUGUACCAGUUACCAGAAAUGAAGUUUAUAAAAUGUUAGCACAACGGCGCUGGGACAAGAAAAAAGAAUCAUUGCAAAGCUAUGUACUAGCUAUGCAGGCCAUAGCAAAGCGGGCAAAGGUGGAAGAACAAGAGGUAAUCGAGUUUGUAAUCGAUGGAAUAAGGAACAUUGUGCCCAAUGCACACUUGCUGCUACCUACCAGGACCCUUGCCGAACUAAAAACAUUAAUUCAAAAGUAUGAGAGGAAAUAUUUGGUGAGCGACGUGGUGGCCACAACAGGACGCCGGCAAGCUACAAAGACGGUCGUGGACGCCAAACAAAAAUGUUACAACUGCUCGAGAGAUGGGCAUAUCAAGCCCAACUGCCCUUACCCAUUAAGACCAGACGGGUCCUGCUUUCGUUGUUGGCGAAUGGGCCAUGACCAUCGCUCAUGCCCGAAUCCAGCAAAAAUCCUCAAACCAAAAACGCAGGUUGCAUCAGUAAUGGAAGGCGGAGACGAUGAGUCUUACGAUGUAAAUACAUAUAAUUUUGUGAGUAUUAUAUUCAAGCUAGAGUCAAAGAUUUUUUCCGAAGAAGUUUUUUCUUUAUUUGAUACCGGUAGUCCGGUUAGUUUUAUUGGAUGGUCACGGGUCUUAAAACAACUGUUCGAGUACAAGAAUUUUCAAAAUACGAACACGCCCAAAUACAAAGGAAUUGGGGGCAAUCAAAUAAAUAUUAUUUCAAAAAUUAAAUGCCUUGUAAAAUUUAAUAACAGAAUUAAUAAAAUUGAAUUAAAUGUUAUAUCAGAUGAAGAUAUGGUAGUACCUGUUAUUAUGGGACGUGACUUUCUGCACAAAUUUCAUAUUAGACUUAAGUACGCUAAGAAAGGAUAUACAAAAUCCAAAUUAUUAGACAGAGGAAGAAAUAUGAAGACAUAUAUGAUUGACGAACAAAAAAUUGUAACUGAUUCCGAAACAUUCUCGGCCAUUGUAAAAUUACAACCGAAACAAAAAGUUAAUGUAAAUCCUUCUGAUUUAACUGCAGAGUUUUGCACCAACGUAGAUAAAAAUAUUGAUGUUAAUCCCGAAGACUUAAUUGCCGGUUUUCGCACCAAUGUAGAUUCAAAUAUUAAUGACGAUAUAGAUAUAGAUUGUAUACUCACUAAUGGACAACGCAAUAGAUUAAAAAAGGUUAUUGAUGACACUUACUUCAAAUCUAAUAUUAAACCUGAACCCCUCGAGUACGAAAUGAAGAGUCAUUUAACAACUGACGUUCCCUUUCAUUAUGCCCCCCGCCGCUUAUCUUAUGCAGAACGUAACGAAGUACAAACAAUUAUAGACGAACUGUUAAAAGAACAAGCAAUUCAACCAAGCUACUCACCCUAUGCUUCAGCUAUUGUAUUA